AUGGUGAGCCAAAACGUUGUCGUACCAGAGACCGGAAUGAUAACCGUCUCCACUGUCUCUAACUCCACCGUAUUCACUCCUUCCUCUCAGAAACCACCGACUGCUCCUGGUUACAUCUCAAUCUCAAAGAAAAAACUACUCAAAAACCUCGAAAUCAAUGGAGCUCAAAGUCAAAGACUUAACUCUUGGGUUGACUCCAUGAGAGCUUCUUCUCCUACUCAUCUCAAAUCACUUUCUUCUCUCUCCUCUAAAGAAGAACUAGAUGCUUGGAUCAAACGACAUCCAUCUGCACUUGACAUGUUUGAACGAAUCAUCGAAGCUUCAAGAGGAAAACAGAUCGUCAUGUUUCUUGAUUAUGACGGUACUCUUUCUCCAAUCGUCGAUGAUCCAGACAGAGCUUUCAUGUCUAGCAAGAUGAGAAGAACAGUGAGAAAACUGGCAAAAUCUUUCCCAACUUCUAUAGUGACUGGUAGAUGCAUAGACAAGGUUUAUAGCUUUGUGAAGCUAGCAGAAUUGUAUUAUGCUGGAAGUCAUGGAAUGGAUAUUAAAGGCCCAACAAAAGGUUUCUCUAGAUACAAUAAGGAUAAACCAUCCGUUCUUUACCAACCAGCCGGCGAUUUUCUUCCCAUGAUCGAUGAGGUUUUUAAACAGUUAGUGGAGAAAACAAAAUCUACACCAGGAGCUAAAGUGGAGAACAACAAGUUCUGUCUUUCUGUGCACUUUCGUUGUGUUGACGAGAAGAAAUGGAGCGAACUUGCUUUAAAAGUUCGGUCGGUGGUAAAGAACUAUCCAACAUUGAAACUGUCUCAAGGUCGAAAGGUUUUUGAAAUCCGACCUAUGAUUAAAUGGGACAAAGGCAAGGCUCUUGAGUUUUUAUUAGAGUCACUUGGAUUUGAGAAUUGUAACGAGGUAUUUCCGAUUUACAUUGGUGAUGAUCGAACUGAUGAAGAUGCUUUUAAGCUGCUACGAGAGAGAGGACAAGGGUUUGGUAUUCUUGUCUCUAAGUUCCCCAAAGACACCAAUGCGUCGUAUUCUUUGCAAGAUCCGUCCGAGGUGAUGGAUUUCUUGAGACGAUUGGCGGAGUGGAAACAAAUGUAG